GAUCACGCGUGAAAGCUUAGUCUGUGUACAGACACCGUCACACAUCACAAGCUCCCACCCAAGUGACGCUAGAAACCCACGGCAGGAACAAAGACGCCAUGGGGAUAGGAGUAUUUACCUCCAAAACCUUUCUCAUCCUGCUCAGUUUAUUUUUCCUGGCUGCAGCGUCGGGGCUGACCUAUGUCGGGGUAAAAGUGAUCACCACCUACAAGCAAUAUGAGAACUUCCUGGGGAACACGUACAUCAUGCUGCCGGCCGUGAUCAUCCUGUGCGUAGCCGUCGCCAUGUUCUUCAUCGGCUUUCUCGGCUGCUGCGCUACAAUGAGUGAAUCCGCCUUCUGCUUGGGAUGUUUCAUGUUCCUGAUCACGGCCAUAUUUGCCGCGGGAGUGACUGCCCUCGUCCUAGGACUUGUGUACAAAGACAAGAUAAAUCCCGAACUGGAGAAAAACAUGAACAACCUUUUCCAGGAAUACGAUGGGAAAAACGUUCAGAGCUCAGCUGUCGAUUUUAUUCAAGAACAGCUUGUGUGUUGUGGAGUCAAAAAUUACACAUCCUGGAGGACUGGUAAAUGGCAUACACUGAGCGCCAACGACUCCGCGCCGCUGAGCUGCUGUAAAAAGAACUCCACAAACUGUGACGGAAGCCUGUCUCUCCCAGACCAACUAAACACGGAGGGUUGCGAAAUGAAGCUUGAAACGUUGAUUCACAAAGUCCUGAGCUAUUCCCUGCUGGUCAUCCUUGGAUUUGUUAUUGUGGAGUUAUGUGGAAUGAUAAGCAUGUGCGUCAUCUUUUGCCGGGACUCCCGGGAUGGAUACCAACUUCUCUGAACUAAAUGACAUGCAAAGAUAACAACAACAAAAUAAAUGAAAAAAAUCACUUUUCAAGAUUUGAUGAUAAAUAGAAUUGUAUUAAGCGUUUCGAUUUUUUUUUUUUAUUAUUUUUUUAUUUUUUUUUCCGGAACAGUCACAUGUCCCGCGGUAUAAUAAAGGGAGACUUUUCUUUUUGCUGCUUUUUUCAAUGUAUCGGGCAACGUAAUAAUGUAGCAUGAUGAUUUACUAUGAGACCUUAUACCUGAUUGUAAAAAGAACUGUGGUUUUUGAAAUAAAAUAUUUAAAAAUUCCAA